AUGAGCGUGCGCAACAUCGAAGCAACAUACCAGCAGGGAGCGCCCGCGCGCCAGGUCGACGACGACUCGGACGUCGAGGAGGAGGUUCUGGCCAGCGACUACAAGGAGCAGGUCCAAUACGGCGACGACGACGAACUCGAGAGAGUUGCUUCCAGCGGUCCUCAAGACCUCCAAGCUCAGCUCGCCGCCGCUGCCCAGCCCCUCGAAUACGGCGCCACCCUCGAGACCAAGAUUGCCAGCUACGACAGCUACUGCAACCUGUUCCACUUCAUCCUCAACUCCGACGGCCCCGUCGACCUCGAGGUCCCCAACGUGUGUCAACGCCUCAUUGACGAGUUCAUCUACCAAUUUAACAGCUUCUGCGCCUACCGCCAAAAGGUUGCCCUCAAGCAGGACAACGACGAGGAUGCUCAGAUCCUCCGCGAAAACCCCAAUACCUGGGGAUGCUACUCGGUCCUCAACGUUCUGUACUCGCUUAUCCAGCGCAGUCAGAUCCAGGAGCAACUCGAGGCUCGCAAGCGUGGUGAGGACCCCGCCGCCUACGCCGGCGAGUACGGCAACCGCCCCCUCUACCAGAUGCUCGGAUACUUCUCGCUCAUCGGUCUCCUCCGCGUCCACUGCCUGCUCGGUGACUUUAGCAUGGCCCUCAAGACUCUGGACAACAUUGAGCUCAACAAGAAGUCCAUGUUCGCCCGUGUCAUGGCCGCCCAGUUCAGCACCUACUACUACGUCGGUUUCUCGUACAUGAUGAUGCACCGCUACACCGACGCCAUCCGCAUGUUCACCCACAUCCUCAUCUACAUUUCGCGCACAAAGAACUUCCAGAAGAACGCUCAAUACGAUAGCAUCGCAAAGAAGAGCGACCAGAUGUACGCUCUUGUCGCCAUUUGCGUCGCCCUCAACCCCACCCGUCUCGAUGACACCGUCCACUCGGCUCUUCGUGAGAAGUACGGUGAGCAGUUCGCCCGCAUGCAGCUCGGUGGUCCCGAUUCGCUCCCCAUCUUCGAGGAUCUCUUCCGCCAGGCCUGCCCCAGAUUCAUCUCGCCUACCCCUCCGGACUUUGACAACCCUUCGGUCAACGUUGACCCCAUCGAGCACCACCUUUCCAUCUUUAUGGAGGAGGUCAAGAACAACAUGUGGAGCCCUACUGUCCGUUCUUACCUGAAGCUCUACACCACAAUGGACAUUAAGAAGUUGGCUGGAUUCCUCGAGAUUGACGCCGACACCCUGAGAGGAUGGUUGUUGGUCAACAAGCAGAGAAGCAAGCAGGUUAGACACACCGAGGGUGGUCUGCUUGACGGUGAUGUUGUUACUACCAACGACCUUGACUACGCCAUGCAAGGAGACUUGAUCCACGUUUCGGAAGCCAAGGUUGGCCGCAGACUGGUGGACUGGUACCUCCGCAACCUGUCGAGAACCUACUAA